AGAGAUGUAAUAAGAGAUGGGUGUUUCAGCUUGAUUUGUUUACAGGAUCAGGUGGAAUGGAAUCAAAAUGAGGUAUGGUAGAGUCCUUUAUACGGCAGUGCCUCAAAGGUCCACCAUGAUAUCCUUAAAAGAAUAUUGCUAGCAAAUUAAACUAUUUCCAUUUAUUAUAUUUGGCUGUGACAUGAUGUUUACAUAUUAUUUUAAUGGUGCUUCAUUAGUUUGAGUGUACAUUUUAUUCACUGUUUUGAUUCAUUGUACGUGAUACUGGUCAGUGUAAAAUGAAGAUUGCGGACUGCAGACUGCGGACUGCAGACCAGGGGUAAAGUGCAGACUACGUGAGUGAAAUGCAGGUUGGGUGCAAAAUGUUGUGAGAAUGAGGACUGCAGACUGUUUAAACAUUUGUGCUCCUUCUUUUCCAAAUAGCUACCUUAGUCAUUUACUAUACACACCUUGCUUCCCAGUUGAAGUACAUUAUUGCACAUUCACCAGAAGUUUCAAUGAACAUCCGAACAGCUAAAGUCUGCGUACCUUGAUUUGCAAUCAUACUUUCAUAGAAGGUCAUCCAGAUUUCCUGCAGAACAUCCUUCUUUAUUGUUUUUUGGAAUUCGGGGUCGGCAGUUUUUAUUUAACAUAAACAUCUUCGUGUUGUACCAGUUCAUGGUCAUGUGUAGAUCUGUUCAAAAACUUCACAUCUAAAGGUGAUUUUCAUACACAGGACAAUUUGCAAUAAUGAUUUAUAGCAAAACACAGCAUUUGCAUAUAUAUUGUUGGAACAUUAUGUUGCAGCUUAAUUCAAAACAAUGUUGCAACAUUACAUUUUGCUAAAAAUCAUCGUUGUGAAUCAUCCUGUGUAACGUACAUCACCUAAAAGUUGAAGCAUGAGGUCUCUCAGAUGGAAAAAAGGUACAAGAUUGCGAUUAAGUUUUCGGGUCCCCGGCAAAUGUUGUUCCAGAGAUGAAAGGGAUGGAUUUGUGAAAGCAGAUGUCAAGUAUAUUGGCAGUGAGAAUUAAUAAUUUUUUGCACUUAACAUGUAAAAUAACACAUAAAUAAUAUACUUUGCAUCAUUUUAUUCACAAGCUUUUCUUUUAAUAGACCUAUAUUUUGGCUAACUCAAAGUUGUAGUUUUACCCAAUUCAAAUCUCCCGUGGUCAAGAUCAAUUCUUUGUGUAACUGUAUUUGCAGGAUUUUUUUGCCCUUAAACCCCUCUGCAACUAUAUACAGUUCAUAUGCUCGGUCUGCAUUUUACCCCCAGUCUGCAGUCCUCAUUAUCUGCAUUUUGCACCCAGCCUGCAUUUUACUGUCAGUCUACAGUCUGCAUUGUACCCCUGGUCCACAGUCUGCAGUCCACAAUUUUCUGAGAUUUUAGGCCCCAUCCACAGGUAUCCGGACAUUUUUGAAUCUGCAACUUUUUCUUUCCAGAUACAGCUUCUGUCCACUUGAAUCCAGUGAGUCUGGGGCACUUUCCAUUCAACAAAAAUUCCAGUUUGAAAUUUUGGAAACUUCUGACAUGCUCAGUGGAAUGGUAGGUUCCAGUUGCACAGACCUGACCCAAGCCACCGUGCAUUUUGUUAUUGUGGUUUCACAGCAGACUCAAAAUUACACUCUAAAAGAGAAGAGUAAAUACUGUUUCAAUCCUAAAGAACACUGGAAAACUGGAAAACUAAAGGAGGAGGAAUCCUAUUUCUCAGUAUAUUCGAACAAUUCAAGCAAUUCCUGGAACUGUGCAGUAAAUAAAUUCGGUGUUUUGGCCAAAUUUGUAUUCAGGCAGGCUUUGGCUUAACUGAUGAAUUAAAUGCUUUAGUUAAAUAUCGUGGACAGUUUUCAGACAAAAUAAUAAUACGCUGAUUCUCUUGAUCACGGACUUUAUACACACACACUUUUUUCGCCUACAGUGUCGUGUUGCGUCAGUUAUUUGACACUGUUAAUGGCAAAUAUCAAGAAUGGAAAAAAAAUUGCAACUGAUUCAAACUAUUUGAGAUGUCAUGGCUUUUACUCUCAGCACUUCACUUCCCAUCGGAAACUACUUGCUCUUGUAAGCAGGAUACAAAAGAGCGGUACUGGGGACAACAAUUUUGGCAAGUGGAAAGGGACAUUUCAGUCUGAGUGACCGAAAUGACCAGACCAGUCACUGUGGACCACCUUCAAAGCUCAGGUCCCGAAUAUUCCGGUCAGACCAAACCGAAAUGGUCCGUUCCAUUUAUGAACCUACCGAAAUUUCCGGAAUUUUGGCUUGAAUGGAAAGCGCCUGUGGUAUACGAAUCUGCAACUUUAAUUUUGAAUCCACUCUCAUCCAGAGCCAGUGGAAAUUGUUUCAUGUGCUAUGAAUCUGGAAUCAGGUGGAUGCUAAAAUUUAUACAAACAUUUUUUUAUCCAGUGACGCAACAAGAUUGAGCCCAGUUCUUUACUGUGAAUACUGUAUUCAAGAUGGCAACCUUGUUCCAAGGUUCUCUCUCUUUAACCCUUCGAGGCCAGGGUAAAGGAGUCAACCUUAACUUGCUCCUUGCAUUUUCCUUUGACUUCUGAGCUGAUUCUACCAUACUUCUAGCGAUAAGAUAGAGAAUCAUAACACAAGACAGAGCAAGGUGCAAAAUUUGUGUGCUUAAUUACAACGCAUGCUCUGUUGCCAAUAUUUCCAAAGGAGUCCUAGGUACUAGAGUGAAUCCAGAUACAUGUUGAGUGGACAGGUAAAUUCGAUUAACCGGAUAGGUGACAUGCAUGAACAUGGAAAUUUUUUAAUCUGGAAAGAAAAAGUUGUGGAUUAAAAAAUAUCUGGAUAUGUGUGGAUGUUGCCUUCCCAGGAAGGUCAGGGGAGUACACGGUACUUGUGAAUAGCACAGUCAUUAACUUCAUAUUCAUCAGAACUUGUAAGAUCCAUAAUUCAAGCACCUCUAGGUUGUUAUGGGAUCAUUGAGGCCCCACAUUGUAUGCCCUCUGCAUCUUGAAAUUCAAAACAAUAUCUUGAAAGCUAUAUAAAUAUCACAUUUUAAAUAACCCAUUUAUGAGGGAAAAAAGGAAAGGGACUUGAAGAUAAAAGCCACAGAGGAUUAAAUAACAGAGGUCUCGAUCGAAAUGCUAACGAGUGAAAUUGUGUGAGCUAGGCCAUGAAAUGUAAACGUGUUCUCACAGCACUGUGAAGUCUGCUUAUUCAUUCUCUAGCUAUUUAUUUUAACUGAGAAUAUCACUGUAAUUUUCUUGUGGGACAUUAUAUCGAUUAAACAAAAUUGUCUGCCUAAAAAAUGCAAUGAAAUAUUUUAAUGUGUUACUUGUCAUCUUUCUUCAGUGUCUUCAUUGAGCUUCCUCACCUGGCAAUUUAACCUGUUAUAUUAAGGGACAAUUUUAAAAACAAAGGUGAUCAUUGGUCGUAAUAACAGGGUGGAUUAACGUUUUUUCAAGUACAAAAAUGUGUGGAAUUUUAUUCGGACCACAAAAAAGUGGUUGUAAUAAAGGGCAUUCACUGUAAUAAUUUAUUAUUAAGAAUUAUGGUAUUCACAAAAUACAAGUAUAAAAAAAUUGCUGUGCGGUGACUGUUCGUAAAUGAAAUCUCAAGGAACUGCUAGAAUUGAGCUAUAUAGGACUUAACUAAAAAUAUAAAACACAGAGUGCACGUCAUUUUUAAUUUUGGGCAGAAAUGCUGUGCAGUGUUUUGUUCUGAGAUAUUGAAUCUUAUAUAUCAUUCUGGGUCUUAACAGGGCUGUCACUGAAGGUGGGGUCUGGGGUCAGAUAUUUCCUCUGGCUAUUAUGAGCACAUGACCCGCCAUGCUCUCACAGGAGGAAAGGAAAAAGAAUCAAAAGAAUUAACUCCCCAUCAAUCUGUUCAACUCCAUGCUUGAAAUCUCAGUGACCUGAUUUAACUCCUUAAUAUUUUCAUAAUUUGUUACUUAAUUCUUUUUUUUUUAGGUUUUUCCUGAUAAUUUCAUGCGCCGAGAAGUACAAGCUUUUGUUGUCAGCUGCACAUUUAAGGAUGAAGGAUGCCAAUGGAAAGGCAAAGUCAGGCACUUGGAGGUAAAAAAGGCUUGAAAAAAGUAAUGUUACUCUUGAGAAAAUUUUCAAACCGUUAGUGUAUCAGUAUUUAAUUGCUCUGUAAAUUUAAACUAGCAGUAACUGCAGUUGGUUAAUAGGAAGUGCGGGCGAGCAUGUGCAGACUGAUUUUGAGUUAAAAAAUGUCUUGCAAGGAAAUGCAUGGCCAUGGCAAAUCCUGCAAUAUGACAGAGAAGUUGUUGAAGGCAGCAUUAAUUACUACAGAACAUGCAGUGGUAUUGGACAGGAUUAGAGAAUAAACGAGUCAAUAUGGAGUACACUGCUGCGUAAAUUGCUCAAGUCAAACCAUCCAAAAAGGAAACUGGGAAAGCAGCAAAAGAGAUGCAGAAUUGGCUGACCCUUCUACCAAAUCAGGGGUUAGAACUGUAUAAAUCCCAUGGCCUGAUUUUUUGCAUGGAAAGAAUCAUUUUAACAGCAAACUUACAACAGAAAAUCAUUGAUUCAUUCGCCCCCUGAGCUGCCUGUAACUGCCUGUGCGGAACCACAUCUCUUCUACCGCUUGUGAUGUCACCAGUUUUAAUGGUCAAAGACAACUUUAUAUGCUGACAUUGUGCAUAGUGAGGAGAUCUAGCUUUUAAACCAUACCAGAAUUAGCACAAUUCAGUCAAGAACACCUGAGAAAAAGGCAAAAAACCAUGUAACAAUGACCUGAAAAUUGCCAUGAAAAUCUUGUUCCGCUACCCACCUAUAUACCUUUCCUACCAUCUAAUCCUAAGAUCCUAAAGCUUUCCUAAAAACUUUUCCCACCAAAAUGAAGCCUACUAAAUGCCCAGCGUAAGAAAAAAAUGAGGCAAGAAAAAGAGGGAGGACAGAAAGCGAAAAGUAAAAGUCAAGACUGCUGCGUCACUUUUAAACCCAAAAAUCUCGAAACUUUGCUUUGUACGCGCAUGCCAGAACUUCGCAAGCUAAUAUUUGCAUCUGGAUCAGAAGGCCACAAAGUGUACGACCUGUGAACAGGUUAAUUGGUGGUGAAGUUUUAGCUCUUUAUAGCACGACAGUGACCAGAAAACCUCUCGACUAGUUUCAAAACGCCUUUUUCAGCAAAAUCUCCUGGGGCAAAUGGGUUAAGUCAGCUCAUGCAAUUAGGGCACCUUGCAAUUGGUACGACAAAAAUUAAGCAGAUGCUCUGUGCAAAGUAUUGGUUCCCCAUUAUGAAUCACCUGAUUGGCCAAACAAUAGAACUGUUUUGGCAGUCAAGUAUGUCCACAAAGAGUCACAAACAAGAGCCCAUUAAGCAAGCCAUCGGUUAUUCUUGAAGAACCGUAGGAACAGAUCUCUAUUGAUUUUAAAGGACCUAAUACCCUGGUCAGAAUGCAAAGAAAGUCAUUUUUAUGGCUUGCCAAUCCUGGAUGGCAAGCUGAAACUUAGCAUUUACUAGCCCAAAAGUUAUUUCAACCAGCCCGAAAACUUUUUUAGGAGCAGACUUGAUUUCGCAAAUCGUCUGUAAUUUGAAGUCCUCAAAAAACUUCACUUGCCCGUUAGGCAAGUUAAGAACAGAAUUCACUAGCCCUAUACCAAAAUCCACUAGCCCCGGGCUAACGGACAUGACUUUCUUUGCAUGCUGCUGAUGAUCAUUACAAUUUAGUGGCUACUGACGAGAGAACCUGGUAUCCUAUGGUAGAGGUUGUGUCUUCAACUGGAUUGAAGCAUAGUUAAUAGAGGGGACUCUCUAUACUAACUAUGGUUGGAGCAAACGAAGGAAAAGUUGAAAAAGACCUUUGGAUGGGUAACUUCAGACAACGGACUGCCAUUCAAUUCAGAACAGUUCAAUGAUUUUGCAAAGGAAGAAGGAUUUCUACAUUAUUGAGUCACCCCAAAUCAACCUAGAGCAAAUGAGCAGGUGGAUAGAUUUAUGCAGACCCUAAACAAGACAGAAAAAAUUGCCCAUCUGCAAGGGAAAUCAGGAUCAGAUAGAAACGUGGCUAUCCAAGAAAUGUUAAUGGCUUACAGAGACACGUCACACCCUGUGACUGGCAUUUCACUUUAUCAAGCUAUGAUGAACAGACCUGUCAGAACUAAGCUGGGCUUAUAUUAGAGUGCUGUGGAAGGAGAGAAGCAGCCAAGAUGAAAUGAUGGAUAAGAAGGACAGCCAGUACAAGGAGAAGAUGGAAAAUGAAGGUGUAAGCAGUAAGGGACACAAUUUUGCCGUGGGAGAUCAUGUCCUGUUAAGACAAAGAUAGGUGAACAAAUGGUCAACCUUAUAUGAGCCUGUAUUCUACACAGUCAAAAAAUCAAUGGAUUUGCUAUUACUGCAAGAUGUAUUACAGACGGCUGAGAGGUUUUAGCGAGAUGCUAGCCAGUUCAAAAAUGCAAAUGCCAGGAGAAUGAAGAUGAUGGCAGUCAGCAUGAAGACUGAAGAGAGACAGGUUUGAUGGGUGCGAGUAACAUGAAAGAUCAACCCAAUUCCCAAAGGAUGUUGAGCAGGAGAUUUACCUGAACUACCUGAACAAGAGAUGAAAGAUAAGCAACCACAGAGCAAGUGCAAGAGGACCUUACUAAACAGAGUGGUGGUAGUGGCAGACAACAGGAAGAAGGUGCAAAAGUAGUGAAUUGCCAGGAAGUGCGUAUGUCAAGCCCGGCCAUUGGAGACACUUCUUAGCUAUCCAGUCGAUCCACAAACCCACAAGCUAAGACUGAAAAGAACCAGGCGACGACCUGCGUACCUGAGUGGCUUUAUUAUUACUGGGAGAUAUGUGUCCUACACUUACAUCAACUUGGAAUGGAAACUGACUAGAAAAUGAAUUAAACUGAAUAGGUUUAUUAAAUUGAAUAGUAUAUAAACUUAAUAGCUUUCAGUUCAUUAGUGUCAUUAGUUCCUACAACAAAUGAACAAAUGAUGAAAAUUAAAUUAUGUACCUUUGCAUGUUAACAAAUUCUGCGUAAACCUAUAAGAAACUUUUGAAAAAUUGACUGAAAUGUAGUGUUCACAUAACUAAAGCAUAAGGUAAGACCAGUGGGCCAUUAUGAAAACAUCCACUGUAAAGUACCUUCAUGGAAUUCUAUGGAACUUCCGUGGGGUUCCAUGGUUUGUGCUUGGAAUUUCAUAGAAUAAACCCAUUCAAUAAUCAUUUUUGUUUACCUCUUUUAUCAGGCCCACACUAGCAACUGUGAGUUUAUGAAAAUCCCUUGUGAUCAUUUUGAGUGUGGCAUGUUUGUGAAGAAAGCUGAUCUUCCUCAGCACCUGGAAACAGAAUGCAAGUGUAGACCUGAAACUUGUGGAUUCUGUAAAAAACAAAUUAGGCUGGACAAAAUGAAGGUAUUUUAUAAUGCUGUCAUGCUGUACCUAUGCUACAUGUAAAUAAAUUCAAUUUUAAUUAGUUAUAUAGCUUCUGCAAGAAUUAAGGGACACCUUAGGUGAUGUACAUUUAGUUGCCAGAAACUGAACGGCUUGGCCGUAACUUAUACUGGGCCAUGUCCAACUACAGUUUUGCUAAGAAAAAGCCUUGAGAAAUUUUUUAUUCCUUUACUUUGUCGAGAUAAAAAAAUAUAUAAUAAUAAUCAUUACAAAUGUAACCACUAUGCAGCUUCACCACGAGAAGGAGUGUCCAGCAUAUCCAGUUGUGUGUGAAAAAUGCAACAAGGAUGGCAUUCCACGCGCAAAGGUAAGAGGCCAAGAAAUUAUGGAUCUCGUUUCCUGACUUUCGUAAAGUUCACGUUGGUGCCGGGGGUUACUCCCUUACAUAGGCCAUGUAGGUAUGUGCAGCCCCAAAGGGUAGGGUUUUUGCGCCGUUUUGGUCUGAAAACGGGUAUACACUUUGCCCAUUUUGGUCUGGAAUUGGGUAUGAUUUUGGAGGAAACUACGAGAGCGAGUGUAUGACGGUAUUUAUCGUUUCAAUUCCCCUCUGAAUAAAAAAAGAAAGAGGAAUAUGGGAAUUCAAAGUGGAUUUUAAGAAAUCUUUUCUGUUGACGUUCUAAUCUAAGUGGAUGUAAUGAUAACAUAAUUUCUCAGAGGUCAGGUCUGAAAACCGGUGUGAAAAAUGACAUUUUUCUGUCUGAUGUAGGGUCAGAAUUGGUAGUUCCGAGCGGCACACUCCCACCAAGAAUUCUUAGAAGUACUCCCCCGGGCUUUGGUGAUUGAUUCGAAUCCUAUUGUGCCACACCAAGGUUUUUGGGCUUCUUUUCACAGUUGCCUAAAUUCCGAACAUGCCAGCUAUCAUGAUGAUUAUUUCUUUUUAGGAUAUUAAAUUUAGUCAAACAAAUAAGGACGUCGAUGAAACCUAGGGUACUUACCAUUCAUUUACAUGGGAAAACUGGAAAUUCCGGUAGGAAUUAACAGUUUUCCCGGGUCAAGCGUACCCAAAUAGGUUUUCUGUAAUACGGACAACGGGCACUAAAUCUCGGCCCCAGAGAGUAAAAUCGUAUAAAAUUAACCUCUUUAUUACGGACACAGCGUCGAUCUGGUGAAUCCCGAAUCCCGAUCAGUUGAAUAUGCACAGGGUGAAUCCCGUCUAGUCUGGCCGAUGAGCUAUGAAUUUCAUCCGAUUACUUCGAGUCUUUAUUACUCCCUCAGUAACGUCUGAAUCGACCGGCCGUUAAUGCCGUCCAGUGACGUCACUACUCCUCGACCUUUGCUUUAAUUCAUGCAAAAACACGAUUUUCAAGUGGCAAACCGAGAAAUAUCGUUUGGAAAUGUCUGCAUGAUACAGAAUUGCUUUAUUUUUUUCGAUCGUAAUUCAUGUUUAGCGUUCAAACUAUCAAUUGCAUGCAGUACAACUCUGAACCGGUUGUACUGAAUUCUAUAAUCAACUCGGUGGCAAUCACGUAAUGAAAUAAACACACACACGAAUGCUUUAAUUGAAAAGAAGCUAUUUGAUCCUUAACGAAGAAAAAAAACAAGGAAACAAGAAAGAAAAGCUAACAGAAUCAUUACACUUGACGGUGAAAAUAGCAAGAAGGUCGAAUUAUAACAUUGAUCUCAGAAAACUUCGCGUAAACAAAAUCACCGGCCGCCGAAACCACAAAGCGGCUCUAAAUGAAAAACCUACCGACUCUCCGCAAUGAUUCUUCAUUCGCAGUUCAAUUUCGCAUUUCAGUUUCGAAGACAAGGGCGAUUUUGCUGUUUAAGAUAAAGAUUAAGCUUAUCGAAAUGUUUGAACUACACGAAAGAAUGCCAGGGAUGCGAUUCGCUGAAAAUCAAGCGACAAUUCCGCUAAAAUUUUUCAUAAUUAUACAUAAUUAUGCGAAUGUUUAGACAAUCAACCAAUCAAAAUCACUACCCGGUUUUCGGGUAGUGAGUGACGUCACUGGACGGCAUUAACGGCCCGUCGAUUCAGACGUUGUUGAGAGGAGAAAACGACUCAAGCAAUCGGAUGAAUUUCAGGCUAAUAGCGCCGCUUAUAAUACAUUUCUAGUGAUCUAAAAGUACUCGGGACAGCCUAAAAAGUGUUUUAACCGUAUUUAAGAGGAAACCGUAAUUGGGUGACCCUGAUUUGUUAAACCUUGACUAUGAAUUAUGGAGGAGCCAACUUUCUAGAAUGUGACUCUAAUGUUUCUUCGUUGGAUUGACUCGUUAUUCUUUUGCUUUUAGUUGUCGGCGCAUCAGAAUCUAGUUGUAGGAGACUGUGACGGAAACCAGAUUGGCCGCUCAAAUACUGAGGUAAAAGCAAAAAUGGAAAUUCAGUUUUUAAUUAACUGAAUUUACCUAACUUCAAUAAACCUUGGAAGAACGGCGCCAACUUCCUUCCUCGCAGUCAGUGGCUCCGCAGUACGUGCGGAUUGGAGAGGUGGGAUCGCUCGUUGGCAUGUAAUUGGUUGGGGGCGGUGGUUGGGGGGAGACUUGGUCACCUCGGGUACAAAUUGGUGUUGUCUGUUUGGCCUAAACUUGAUUCGAAAUCUCUGUGGUCCUAGGUUCUUUUACGUCCCCUAUAAUCAUCCUAGGGCGACUUUUUUUACAGUCCGCAAACAAUAAGCGCACAGCUGUAAUAACAAUUUUCAGUCCUCUCUAAGUUUACGGCAUUGGGCAAGAUGAUUGUGCUUGAUGCCAUUGACAUUAGAUGUGGUUUAAACUGAAAUCCAAAUGUAGAUAUAAAACUUAAGAAAUGUGCAAGACUGCGUAAAAGAAAUAAAGCAAAAAAUAUAUUAUAGCCAGCGAAUGGACAUUGUUUCUGAACGCAAAUAAGAUACUCUGUACCGGAAACUGCAUGAAGUGUUUAUAAGAAAAACGUUGUCAAAACCUGAGCUGAAAAUGCUUUUUAAGGCGAUUUAAAUUAAAAACGAAAAAAUCUAAGUAAGAGACUAAGCGCAGGUGAGAUUCCUUGGGGGGCUAACUCUGAACUAUAUUGCCGUUUACAUGGUUUAGGCCUGCUAGAAUGAUUUAAGGAGGCAAGUCUAUUGGGUUAACGUCACCACCCAGUGAAGCGCAUUAUCUGUAACGAGAAAAGGUUUUAAUCAUAAUUAACAGCAGGAAUAUAACCGUCUCUCUUUUUUUAACCCUGUUUGGUGAGCCGUGUCAGGUAUGACUGAACCCGCGGGCUCCGCUCAGCAGACCGGCGGUCUUCCAACUGAGCUAAUGAGAUGUAGCCUGUGUAUAGACCCCCUCCCCCCUGCUUCUGGCUUCUCCGAUUUUUCUUGAGUAGAGGGAGGGAGGGAGGGGGAUCUUUACACAGGCUAAUGGAUGGGGCCGCUAACCCUUCAUUAAACCAGAUUUGAAAUCUCUCAACUGCAUUUUCUUAAGAAACUACCGUGAUUUAUAGUCAGGAUAAAAUAAGCGAACUCUGGUUAAACAGUUGCUCUCCCUAUUAUUUAUCAGUUUUUCAAAUGCUUUUGAAACAUAACGAUUAGUUUGUUUGUAGGUUUUCAACCAUAAUGAUACGUUGGUACUGGAAGCAUUAGUGACUCGUGAUCGAAGAAUUAUGCCGAGAAGCCCGCAUAUCACCACAGACUCUGGUGUUAUCUGGCACAUAAUCUCUAAUUCAAAGAAGUGCAAAAGAAACGGAAGGUGUACAAGAACAACUGCGAGAGUAUUGCGAAGGAGUCACCUCCCUGAAUAGGAAAAAGGGUUCAGGAAACUCGUCGGCAGCGUCUCCAUCUACCGCUGACUACGAGGCCAUUAUCACGCACUUACGCUCUCAAAUUGAAAUCAGUGAAGAAGAAAUCCAAAGUUUGCGAGAACAACUGCGAGAGCAUGGCGAACGAAUCGCCUCCCUGGGGAGACAAGUGGCUUUAGGAAAUUCCUCGGGAGUAUGUUCAUCUGCUCAAGUGUCUGGUGAUUCAGCUGGCAGUGUACCGAACAGCGAGAUUGCUCGAAGGGGACGCAAUCUUGAAAAUAGGACCGCUGAUCUAGAGGCGCUGUCGGCCGGAAAUGAGCGUGAAAUCGAGGCGACUAACAGCAGGGUUGACUAUAUUGAGCGCACACUGGCUGACAGAAGUGUCACUUUAGCUAACUUAGAGGAAAAGUUGAUGCAACUAGAGUUCCCAAGCUACGAUGGCCAGUUGCUGUGGAAAAUAACUGAGUUUGCGCGUAGAAGAAACGAGGCGGUCAGCGGGCAGAACGUCUUCUUCUACAGCCCUCCCUUCUACACCAGUCGCUAUGGAUACAAGAUGUGCGCCCGCAUAUAUUUAAACGGAGAUGGCAUGGGCCUAGGAACACACAUCUCUGUGUUCUUUGUUGUCAUGCGCGGUCAGAAUGAUGUAACUCUCCGCUGGCCAUUCAGACAGAUGGUCACGUUCAUGUUGUUGGAUCAAGAUAAUGUUGAACACGUGAUCGACACCUUAACACCUGAUCCAAACAGCUCUUCUUUUCAGAGACCAAGAAGGGAAACAAACAUCGCAAGUGGAUGUCCAACGUUCUGCUCGCUCACUGAGCUUACCAAUCACGCUUAUGUUCGUGAUGACGCUAUGUUCCUAAAAAUUAUAGUCGAUACAACUGACUUAUAA